GAAUUCUACACCGUGCAGUCUUUUCAUCCUCUCAUGCUGCUACUCAGGAAACAUGGCAGAAACAUUUGGGGUCGUCGCCGGCUCGCUGGGCGUAGCAGCCCUCUUCAACAGUGCUGUCGAUACGUUUGGCUACAUCCAGCUCGGCCGCAAUUUCAAGCACGACUUCAGCCUCCACCAGCUCAAGCUCGACAUUGCCCGCAUUCGAUUGAGUCGCUGGGGCCAGGCAGUCAGGAUCAACGAGGAUCCUCGAUUCCUAGGCAAUCCAUCCUCCGCGGACUGGCAGGUACCCGUCAUAUGCACCAUCUUGGGCCAGAUUAACGCUCUAUUCCUAGAGCUACAAGAAGCGUCCAAGCGAUAUGAGCAGGCCCCUACGGCAAGCGAUACUGGGCGUGUCGUCUGCGUACUACCCGCCGACCUCGACACGCCUGGACGUAGGGUACACGACUUUCUUGCCCGCAUCACGAAGCGCCUCGAGAGAACAGGUCCUGGCUGGGUAGACAAGACAUACUGGGCUAUCUACGACGUGAAGAACUUUGACAAAUUGCUCACGACUGUGGUGCAACUUAUCGAAAGUCUACACCAGAUGGCCCCUCCACCAGCACCGGCGGCUGCUGGCAGCCAGCCUUCCUCGCGGGUGGUGGAAUGGGAAUUCGAAGAGCUGGAUAACGACGCUCCUAGCCUCAAGCUGCUUGAAAACGCCGCUGCUGGUGUCGAUAAUGUCCUGUAUGAGGCGGCCGCCAAUAGGAUCAAAGAGCAGGCUAGUCAUCAUAACAGGUUGGGAAACUUGAAAUUCACCGAAGAUGCCGAUGUCCGCGUCGGAGUUGAUUGGACUGCGGAGGCUGUGAGGGCAGCGGGUCCCGCCUUCAAGCUGGCAUCCACGAGGAAUGAAGUUGGCGAUGUCACCAUGGGGGGAAAGUCAAGACUUCAUAUCGGGACAAGCUACAAGUAGUCUAAAUCUCGGAGUUUCCCUCUGUGAAAUUGAUAAAGGAUCAACCAAGAAAUCGCAGGAGCAUCUGAAUUGCCGUCAGAAGGCCAGGCACAGCCCGGCAAAAGUUCCAUGCAC